AAAAUCAAAAAAAAAAAAAAAAACCUAAAAAUUCAUAUCAUCAGAUUUUGCAGAUCUCUUCACCGAGGUUUCAAGGUUUCUUCUCUCCCCCUGUCUCUGUGUUUAUUUCAGCUUGGGCUUGUUGAAGGUGAAUUUCUUUGAGACUACUUUUUUCGGGUAAAAUUCGACUACUUAGAAAAGAGGGUUUUAUUGUUUAAAGUUGGAGGUCUGGGUCUCAUGAGAAUUGUUAGGGGAAUGCAGAGAUCGUUUCCUGAGGAGCAGAACAACAACACACUGCUGGGCUGGAAAAAAUCCUUCAGCCAAGGAAUUGGAGUUACCGUGCCCAAGGCCAGAGCGCGUGAUAAACCCAUGACUACUAGGGUUUUGGUUCUCUAAACGUGUAUUUGGGCAAAACAAUUGGCGAUUGUAAACAUUGAACUUCAUGACUCGAAUUUUGGUUCAGCGAGGUUCUGCAGGUGGCUCUUCUUCAAAUUCAAGCCGUGCUGGGUCCUCUUCUUCUCGAGGAGAGCCACAGGUUAAUACUUCUCCUCAGGUUCUUUCUUCUGUGAAAGAUGAGGAAAUUGGAGAGCAAGUGUCGGAGCAAGUUGUUGUGGAUGAGCUUUUGGAUUAUUGUGGAACUAGUGAUAAUAAAAUUAUGAAAAGUGAUGAUUUUUUGGUGGAAAACGUCAAUAACGAUCAUAAUGAGAGUUCAAGUGAUGAAAUUGGUGAUAGUGAGAAAUUGGGUAAUGAGGAGAAUGUGGGUUCAGGGGAAUUAGUAAAGAGUUUGGAUGGGCUGAGAAUUUCAGAGAGAGUUGCAGUUGAAAGUGAAGGUUCAAGUGGUGAGUCCCCACAGCUGAUUAGUGGAAGUCCACAACCGCCCCCGCCUCCUGUUCCACCCCCAAAACCUUUGGCAUCAAACUUAAAUUCAAGAAGAUCUGUCUCAGGAAGCUCAAAUGCUGGACGUGUUGGAUCAUCGAGAAGAGCAGUUGCCUGGCCUGUCGUCUCCACAAGGACUUCACCAUCUGGAUCAAGGCCUUCAUCUCCCAGGUCCCAUGUUGAAAGUGAGGGGUACAAUAGCGCUGAUGAGCAGAGUCCACGUUUUGUAUCCUCCUACGAUGACUUGGAAAGAGAACGUCAAUUUGAGAUUGAUAUCAGGCGGGCAAAAGGUUUUGAAGUCAAACGAAUGCUAGAGGAUGGGAAUUGUCUCUUCCGUGCUGUUGCAGAUCAGGUGUAUGGGGACUCUGAAUCAUAUGAUUUGGCGAGACAGAUGUGCAUAGAUUAUAUGGAGCGAGAGAGGGAUCACUUUUCUCAAUUUAUAACCGAAGGUUUUACAUCUUACUGCAAGAGGAAGAGAAGAGACAAGGUCUAUGGAAACAAUGUGGAGAUUCAAGCAUUAUCUGAAAUGUAUAAUCGGCCUAUCCAUAUUUAUUCCUACAGUACAGGUUCUGUUUUUAAUGAUGAACCCAUCAACAUAUUUCAUGGAAGCUACAAUACUGACACGCCUCCCAUACGGUUAAGUUAUCAUCAUGGGAAUCACUACAACUCCCUUGUUGACCCGCGGCGCUUGACAAUCGGUGCAGGACUUGGGUUCAGUUGUCUUCGAGGGACAAAUGUUGACAAAGAUCAAGUCAAGGCUGCCAUCAAGGCUCAACAAGACCAACAGAUUGAUAAUGCACUUCUAGCUGAGGGGCGGUUUUACUCUGAUCUGGAGCUUACUGAAAAGGAAAUUGAGUGUAUGGUGAUGGAAGUUUCUCGAGCUGAGUAUCUUGCUAAUGACAAAUUCAAGCAGCAACUUGCCCGUAAAGAUUCGUCUACUUCAGGGGCUGAACCUUCAUCCUCUGGAGCUCGGUCAUCAUGUAGUGAGAGCAAAGUAGACGGUGGGAGAGAGAGCAAUAUACAAGAUACAGUCCUGAGCAGCGGUAUGCAGAUGGUACUAUCCAUGGGGUUCAGCUAUUUGCAAGUAAUAGAAGCUUACAGCAUAUUUGGUGAUGACGUCGAUUCUAUGGUGUGUUACCUGCUAGAAACUGGGAGUAGCAGCAGAAGAAAAGGCAAAGCAACUGAAUAAGUAAAAACUGCUGGUGGGGUAGAGCAAAACGCAGAUUGAAAAUGUAGGAAAACCAUGUUGGUGACAUUGUAGCUGCUUACGUUUUACCAUUUAAAGAGGACACUGUCAAGAACCUUUUUAUUAUAGUACUUCAAGAUAAACAAAAUAGGACUAAUGCGUGGCAUAACCGUCAUAGUAUAAAAAUGUUUUAAUAAGAAAAUUCUACCAACAAUCUCAUUUUUCUUUUACUCAAAUCCUGUGUGCAUCAAUGAGUGAACUCUCUGGUAAAUUUAUUGUGCAAACCUAUAUAGCUAGUGUCAGAAUCAAGAAUGAUAUAACAAUUAUCAUUCAAUUCAGUAGUUGGAUGAAUUUUAUUUCGUA